AUUGAGAGAAAAUUAAAAAUUUCCAGCGCAUCGCACUCACAACACACACAUACACUCUCUUUUCCCUUCUCAAAGACGCAGCGUUCUAAAACCCUAAUCGGUUCGAUUCUCUAACUUCCGAUUUCCUCAAUCAAUCAAUUUUUUAGGGUUUGUGUCUGAAAAUAGAGAGCUUUUGUGGCAUGGUGGUUCAGUAGAGCUAAAUGGUUUUGUUACAUUGCUAGUUUUGAUGAAUGUUAUGGCGGCAUUGUGAUGCAACUUAUGUUGUGAGCUCAUAGUGCGGGAGAGCUCAUCAACAAAGUUUAGUUGAAGAGAGGAUGUAUGGAAGAGCAUCAUCAGGUCUUGAUAGGUUUAAGAAAGCUCAGACUUUGGAACCAUUCUCUGUUUCUGCGACUUCAAGAAAUGGUGGCGGUGGCGGUGGCAGCCAAUCCUCAAGUAAAGUAGUUGGCAAUCAUGCCUCUGCUUGGACUCAACAGAAUCAAAAUUCUGUCCACCAAUCCCAACAGCAUCAGCAGCAACAUGCCUCUCAGAAAGGUGUGGGAGUGGAGGCAGCCCCCUUGUUAGGGCAGACUCAGCAGUCAACUCAGGUUGGAGGAGGGCAGUCGACGUGGCAGCCGCCGGAUUGGGCGAUUGAGCCGCGAGCAGGGGUUUUCUACCUGGAAGUUUUGAAGGAUGGCCAGGUGCUCGACCGGAUUAAUCUGGAUCGACGGAGGCAUAUUUUCGGGAGGCAAAUCCAGACUUGCGAUUUUGUGCUCGAUCAUCAGUCCGUCUCUCGUCAGCAUGCUGCGGUUAUUCCUCACAAAAAUGGGAGUGUAUAUGUAAUUGAUUUAGGAUCUGCACAUGGUACAUUUGUUGCAAAUGAGCGAUUGACUAAGGAUUCACCGGUCGAGCUUGAAGUUGGGCAAUCAUUGCGGUUUGCUGCAUCGACAAGAACGUACAUAUUGAGAAAGAACGAAGCAGCGCUUUUCCCCCGUCCUCCACCACCAACAGAGAUCAAUUUCCCCCCACCUCCUGACCCAUCGGAUGAAGAAGCUGUUGUUGCUUAUAAUACACUUCUAAAUCGUUACGGUAUCAACAAGUCUGAUCUAGUGUCCAAAUCAGGUGAGUCUGGUGGCUCAGCAAGUAGCCAAAGUAAGCAUUACCCGUCAGAAAGAGCUGCAAAGAGAAUUAGGAAGACAAGAGUUGCCUUCAGGGAUCAAGUUGGGGGAGAGUUAGUUGAGGUUGUUGGAAUUUCGGAUGGCGCAGACGUAGAAACAGAACCUGGCCCUGUUGGUGUUAAAGAAGGAAGUCUUGUGGGUAAAUAUGAAUCUCUUGUACAGAUUACUGUAAUACCAAAGGGAAAAGAGCAGUCCUCUGCCAAGGAGGCUGAUUCAUCCCAGAAAGGCAUGACGGAUAGAUUACAAGAAGUGUUAAAGAAGGUGAAAACCCCACAAAAAACUGGUAUUUAUGAUGACCUUUAUGGCGAAUCCUUAUCUGUGAAGGUUGGAUCUUCAUGGGCAUAUUCACCUGCAAGUUCCGGUGAACGAGCUAAUCCUCCUAAAGAGGAUGGGGAAGGCAAUGCAUUGAGUGGAAAAUCAGAAAGUAAUCCAAGCAGUGUUGAUGGAGAUGAUGAUGAUGAUGAUGAUGAUGAUGAUUUGUUUGGGUGACUAUUGAACCUCUGCAGUCAGAACAUGGAACAGAAUUGUCAUAGGUUUGUUUGAGUUUGACUUUGACAUAAGCAUGCAAAAUUGCAAAUAUUGUUCUUUUGUCAUGUGUUGUUACUGUUCCAGUGUAUCCAUAAUUAAUGUUUUUCCACUGCAAGCUUCACUAACUAGUAACUACAAAGAUUACAGGUUCAUGGUUGAAUGUUAUGUUAUCCUUGUGUGCAGCCUCCCAUUUUGAACCAUUGUGCAAAUAAUAAAUUCUUUUACCAGUUUAAUUAUUAUCAA